AUGUCGAGACGUGGCCCUUGGACUAAUCGCGAAGAUGAGAUACUGAAGGAGAUCGUCGAGCAACAAGGUGCCUUGAACUGGGUUAAAAUUGCACAGCGCGUUCAAACAAGGUCGCCAAAGCAAUGUAGGGAGCGCUAUCAUCAGAACCUGAAACCCGGUCUCAACCACAGCCCUAUCACACCUGAAGAGGGGAUUUUAAUAGAGGAUUUGGUCCGCUCCAAGGGGAAACGUUGGGCUGAGAUUGCCAGAGCUCUCAACAACCGAAGCGACAAUGCGGUCAAGAAUUGGUGGAAUGGCAGUAUGAACCGUCGACAGCGUCUGAUGCGUAGAGCAACUGAAAGCCACUACGCCAAGGUUCAGGGCCAAAAUACUCACGACGGGUCUACGCCGGAAGCACCGCAGGCUCCAGCAUCAUACCAAUACCAUGACCCACGUCACCUCCGCUCACACUCCGGCUGCUCACUCUACGGGCACCAUAUGCAUAAUAGGCACCAUGACUAUGGACAACAUGGACUUAUAAAUGAAGCCACUAGCCUAUCGCGUCCAGUCUCUACUUCUCCCUAUCCUCCUGCUUAUCGUUCUGUCGAUCCAUCUAUAUACGGUUCAACUUCACCAUAUAACUACCAAAGUCGCCGUGCUAGUUCGUGGGGAAACUACUCGGAGUUCUCGGGGCUCCCAUCGCCUUCUGCGUCUCCAAUAUCCCCUAUUGAGGUUUCAGAGUCACCUGCUCCUUUUCCGUGGAAGCCGGAUCAUAGCUUGCCGUAUCGCGAUACACACGCUUAUAGCCACUCCCAAGAGCCUCCCCAUGUGCUGCCUCCAUUACAGGUUCGGGUUAUGACUUACAUCGUCGACCGCGCACGGCACCUGAUACACCGCCACGUCAUCCGGCGCGAUGCCCGGAACGACGUAAUUCGGGAUCGGGAUCUCCAUCCUCACAGCACGUAUCACCAUACCUACAGCGCCGAUCUCCAUUAUUACAACGCAGGUCUCCACACUUAG